AUGAGUGGUCGUGUCAGACGGAUGCUUCAGGCGAGCAUUUUUCGCGAAAAUUUAAUUGAUUUCUCAUAAUUAAAUUACUGUGAAUCAUUGUGUUAGCAAUGCAAGUGUGAUGUGAGCCAUGCGAAUUAUUUUUGUGCAGACAUUCACUCGAAAGACUUCAAAAUAGGGGGUGUUACAGGAAAACAAAAAUGGCUUCGGGCGACAGUGAUCAAAUAGAAGUUAUGGAUAGUUCUGUGGCAAAAAAGACGGAAAAUGCAGCCGGAAUGUCUACCUCGGAGGACGAUGAUCGUGAUAGGACUUCGAUCGCGGAGAAAAAUGUACCGUACGAUCCAGCGGUGGGCCCCCUGGGGGCAGCGGGCAAGAUCCACAAGUCGGACCGCAAGAUCGGGCACCGGCGCGUCGGCGAGGGUGGGGAGAUCACAUACAAGAAGAUCCAGUCGUCACAGAUCAUGGGCUCCAUACAGCUUGGUAUCCAGCACGCAAUAGGAGGCCUAGCAUCGAAACCGGAGCGCGACCUGCUGAUGCAGGACUUCAUGACCGUGGAGACGACCAACUUCCCGCACGAGGGCUCGAACCACACUCCCGCGCACCACUACUCCGAGUUCAAGUUCAAGACGUACGCGCCGAUAGCCUUCAGAUACUUCCGCGACCUCUUCGGCAUCCAGCCCGAUGAUUUCCUGAUGUCGAUGUGCAGCGCUCCACUGCGGGAGCUGAGCAACCCCGGCGCGUCUGGAAGCAUCUUCUACCUGACCAAUGAUGACGAGUUCAUCAUCAAGACGGUGCAGCACAAGGAGGGCGAGUUCCUCCAGAAGCUGCUGCCCGGAUACUACUUGAAUCUCGACCAGAACCCGCGCACGUUACUACCAAAGUUCUUCGGCCUGUACUGCUACCAGUGCAACAGCAAGAAUGUACGGCUGGUCGCUAUGAACAACAUCCUGCCCUCAUCCGUCAAGCUGCACCAGAAGUACGACCUCAAGGGGUCCACUUACAAGAGGAAGGCGAACAAGUCGGAGCGCCAGAAGAGCUCCCCGACGUACAAGGACCUGGACUUCAUGGAGCACCACUCCGAGGGCAUCUUCCUCGAGGCGGAUACAUACACUGCUCUCAUCAAGACCAUGCAGCGCGACUGCCGCGUGCUCGAGAGCUUCAAGAUAAUGGACUACUCGCUGCUGGUGGGCAUCCAUAACCUGGAUGAGGCGGCGCGCGAGAAGGCGGAGGCCCGCAAGGCGGACGCGGCGCGCGCCUGCGACGACACUGGAGAGCCCAACAAGACGCAGCUCAACAGGAGCAGGUCAGACCAGGAAGACUUCCAGGCACAAGUGAAAAGAACACAGUCAAUAAACCGCCAGCGGCUGGUGGCACACUCCACUGCAAUGGAGAGUAUUCAAGCUGAAAGUGAACCUAUUGAUGAAGAGGAGGACGUCCCGCCGGGCGGUAUUCCAGCGCGGAACGCGCGCGGCGAGCGUCUACUCUUAUUCCUGGGAAUCAUAGACAUCCUGCAGUCGUACCGGCUGCGGAAGAAGCUGGAACACACCUGGAAAUCCAUGAUACACGACGGAGACACGGUGUCAGUGCACCGGCCGAGCUUCUACGCGCAGCGGUUCCUCGACUUCAUGGCCAAGACUGUAUUCAAGAAGAUACCUUCGUUGGACCUACCAGAGAUAAAGGGGAACCACCGCAAGUUCCGAACACUGGUCACCAGCUACAUAGCACUGAAACACUCGCCGUCGAAGCGGAAGAGCAUCGCCAAGCCGACGCGUACGCAGGAGGAGAUAGACACUGCAGGACGUAUAUACAUUGGACGACCUAUUAAGGACUACAACCCAGACUAUAUCAAGUCGAGAUCGCCUAGGUCUUCAGUGAGAUCUAGCAUGAGCGAUUUUACCGACACUACCAUAUCCACUUGGAACCAAAAGCAUCCAGUCAUUCAGCCUACUACCGAAUACCCUUCAGUCUUGUCCGACAGGCUAAAAUUCGAUAGAGAGCGCACGACGUUCCCUAGACGCAUCGAUUUUGACACAUCAAACCGCGACCCGUGCACGUCAUACGCGGACAAUGUGUACAGAGCGUCAAUCCAGGAACGAAUGGAAACAUUAUCCGAUCAACUAACUAAAGUCUUAAGCACUGGAGCUGGGAGCUCCCAUAUAAACGGAAGCCUGGCCGACAGCGGCAUCCAAACUGACAAUACCAGUACUAGCGUACCCCAGAUUUACAUAGCUGAUGCCCAAACAUACACAGCCAACGUCAAAAUCCUCAAAGACGCAGCCGUCGACACUAGAAAUGAAAACAACUUACAAGACAUACCCUUUAUAGACGACGACGAAGAGGACAAACUAAAAAGACGCAACGUGUUAGAAAAACACAAAAGCAUGUCUAAUAUCCCAGAGAAUAUCGUCGAAGAGAAAGAAUCGUCCAACGAAAGGUUAUCAAGCAGCUUCAACCGUUCCAAAUCGCCGACGUUCGUUGAGAAGUUCAAGAAAUUUUUCGUUGACAUUGGUCUGGUUAAGUCUGAAAGCGUUCCCGACUCCAGUUUGAAAGCUGAGACGUCGAACACGUUACCUAAGAGCUUGAACUCGAGCUAUCGCACCAGAAGCGCAACGCCAACUAACCUGGAACUCAGAGAUAGCUCAACAUUGCCCAAAGACAUGAGGUUCCGGAAAGUUCGCUCGACGCAAACCGUUUACAUAAAACCGGAAUCUCCUGUGGCAAACAGAGCAAUGCAAACCAAAGAACACGUUUCGGUUGUGAAACUAAACGGGGACGAGUAUAUUAAAGACUCAGAGUCAGAAGCGUUUAUGAACGAAGUAGUCUAUAUUAAAAGUAUAGAAAAAACUGAGAUAUAUAACGCUAAGGGCAGUGGGAGUACUAUUAUAGUUGUACCGCCAGCAGAUUGAAGAGAGAUUCAACAGAGAUUGGGAUCGGAAAUGAAAUGAAAUGAAAUGAAAUGAAAUGAAAUUUAUUCUGUGCAUGGUAUUCAGGUUACAAACAGCUGUUAUUUUUCCUUGAGUAUCACCAAAGACUGCCUUUUCAGGCAUACACACAGAUUAUUUAAAAACAAUAACAAAUAAUAAUAUCAAUUUUACAAAUAAUCUACACACUUAAUACAUGCUUUAAAUUAUAUACAUAAAACCUGUUAUUUGUAAUCUAAAUAUUCUUUUACGCUGUAAAAGCAUCUAUCUGCAAGCCAGAGUUUAACUGCUACGCGAAACUUAUUGAGUUUGCAGUCCUUGAAAGUAUCCGGUAAUUUAUUAAAUAUUUUUAUACACAUGGGAAAGCAGUUAUUAGAGGCAAGCGUUAAUUUUGACAAUGGCUUAUACAACUUGUGCCUGUAUUGAGACCGCAGAACACGAGUACUGACCUCUUGGCAUUGUUGAAAGAGACUUUUGUAUUUAUAAACAAAAAUACAGACAUCUAAAAUGUAAAGACUUGGCAAAGUUAGUAAUUUAUAUUGUCUAAAAUAUGGACGACAUGAAUCAGUGACUUUAAGGCCGAAGAUAGCUCGAAGACAUCUUUUCUGUACUAUAAAAACUUUCUCGCUUUGACAACAAUUUCCCCAGAUAAUGAUGCCAUAGCGUAAUACAGAACUGACAUAUCCGUUAUAGGCUAUUAUAGCGGCCUCAACAGAGACAAUUUGGCUAACACGUCUCAGUGCAUACACAAACCUAUUUACUUUAGAACAGACGCCAUCUACGUGCGCUUUCCAAUUACAAUGACAGUCUAUAGUUAUGCCCAAAAAUGUUAUGUUCUGAACCUCUUCCACCGGUUGCCCUUCAUAGUUUAUAUUUAAUUUCAAUGGUUUGCCUUUAUAAGUACGGUAUUGCAUGUAUUUUGUUUUAGGUAUAUUUACUUUUAAGUUAUUAAUCGUGAGCCAAUUUGUAAUUUUUAAUAACGCGUCAUUAAUUUCUUGUUCGUAAAGGUCUAAUUUUGUGCCCUUUACAAUUACGGUCGUAUCAUCCGCGAAUAAAAUACAUUCGUGGGGAACCACAUCAGGCAAGUCGUUAAUAUAGACCAGAAAAAGAAGUGGACACUUUAGACUUGUGGUCUUACUUAUUCACAUUUUGCAAACACGAUGGGUUUUGUUAGUGUAAAAUUGUUAGUUAUGUUAAGUAGUUAAACUCAUGGUCGUUUGUCCUAGUAAGUUUAGUCAAAAGUUAUUUAAAGAAUCUGCGUCAUAUCCCUACUAUCCCGUUUUCAAAGGGUCCGCUCACCUAACCAGAAGAUUUGACAGGUCCAGUUUUUUACAGAAGCGACUGCCUGUCUGACCUAUCUGUUGUUUAAUGAUUGAUCAUAAGUAGCUUAUAUAAAUCACGCUGCUCCACUGCGGGUUGGUGGGGAAGUCCAGGCCCAUCCGGCACAACGAAAUCAUUAUCACACAUAAAACAAUGAAAAAAAAAAAAUUAAAAAUACACUCGAAAUCGUGUUUGCGAAGUGUUAAAGACUUUUGCUAAAAAUGUCGUAAUUUAACGUACAUUGUUGGUUUUGAACCGUUUGAUAUUUGUAAAAUCAUCAUCAUCAUCAUCCUGCCAGCACUCUGAGUGGGGUCGGCACAGCAUGUAUUUAUUCCUCUUGCAUCCUUAAUCUUCUUCUUAUCGUGUGGGUUGUGAGGUGACGUACCAACCUCAUCAACCCUGGUGUCAGGCAUCCUUAAUAAAAAUGUUGGAAUCCGACAGUGUACGCUGAACGCCUUAUUAUAAGGUGCUUUUUACACAACAUGAGAUAUUUUUCGUAGAAUAAAUAUUCGUAAAUGUAUUCAAAUAAAAAAAAAAUGUACUAAAAAUUUAAGUAUCGACUAAAUAUCAUCAAAUUUUAUUCCUAGUUCGCUUAGGACAUUGCAAUCUGAUCACUCGAUUGUCUGCAAGUAAGAUGAUCUGUACUUCGAGCAAGUCGGUCCUGGCUACUAUUUACUUGACCCUUUCACGGGCAGAGACCAUGGGUCAUUGAUGGUUCAUAAUAGGUAGUAUGACACCUUGGGAUCGGAACGUCCGUAGACGUUCAGUCCUUGAAAGUGUUAAAUAGUCGUUACAUGAGCCAUGUCAAGGACCGCAAUAGUAACCCUGACACACAACCCCUGACAGGGUUGAUUAGUUCAGAGAUUGACCUCACGCAGUACUCACACGAAGGAGGACUACUCUAGAGUUGAAAAUAAUUUUUUUAGUGCAUUUGUACAUUUUACAAAUUAUAAAAAAGAAAUGUUAACAGUGGUGUCAAUUCGGAUGGGCACAAAAUUAACCUAAUUUCAGUUUGACAGCUGUUAAACUAGUGCCGUCCUUUACUUACAGUAAGCGAAAGAAAGAGAAGGAACUAGUUAUGGUCGUGUCAAAUUAAGUUGGCGUUUGUCCGGAUCGACAGCAUUAUAUAAUAAUGAUAUGUAUUUUUGUAUUAACGUAUAUUUUAUAACUGAUGGAUAAUGUUAGACAUAUUUACUGCUAUACUAAGGCAAAUACCAAGAAAAAAAUGUUAAUGUCAUAAUUGAAAAUGUUAAAAUGUACCAACCUUACAAAAACUUUUAUGUUCGGCCAAAUAGUUGACGCCAUUUUAGCGUCAAAACUGCAAUAAGUUACGUCAAAAGAAAAAAAAAUGAGGAUUUUUUUUAAUUCUGAAUUUGAAAAUUCUGGCCAAGUAGUUUAUGCCAAUAACGUCAAAAGUAUAAUAAGUCACGGCAAAAAAAUGUGAGGAUUUUAUUUUAGUUUUUUUUUGGUGAAGCGAAAAAUUGCCCUGUAAAUAAUAACUAUUUAAUUAUGUACGUGCGUGUGGUUCUUCUUAGAGAUUCAAGUCGUUUCUGGCGAUAAGUUGUUAUUAAACACCAUUUUGGCCUUUUGUGCUGUGCUGACAAAAUAUAAUUCGUCGCUUUAUAGUGAGCGCCUGUUUGAAAAAUAUCUCUCAGACGACGCCCUGACCUGAGGUUCGCGCCCAACUGGGCACCCUCAGGUCUGUUGUCUUAAAUGUUGUACCGGGUGAGAGCCUUCAGCGCUCCCCAUUUCUCCGGCCAAGUAUUUAAUGCCAUCUGCGGCAAACCUGCAAUAAGUCACGUCAAAAAAAAAAAAGGCUUUUUAACCCCUUGACGUGAUUUUCUUGCAGAAAAUAUUGUUUUUUUCUUUU